GAAAAUGAACAAGGGGCCGGCCCUAGGGGAGAAGCGGGGAGAAAGAAGGCAAGGUCUUUUUGCCGCCGCGUCGCCAUGGCGGGAGAUGGAACCGACGAACACUUGACGGAGUACGAGAGGCAGCGGCUGGCGAGGAUACGCGAGAAUGAGGCCCGCCUCGAGGCCCUGGGCCUCCGCGGCCUCGCAGCGUCCCCUCUCCUCCGCAACCCGUCUCCGGCGGCGGUGGCUAAGGGGAAGCAGAAAAAGCGGUCCGCCGACGAGGACGAGGAGUACGUCCCAUCCGACGAUGGCCGCGGUGAGGAGGACGAGGACGAGAGCUUGUCGGAGAGCGGGCAAGACGACGACAUGGAUGGGGAGGGGAAAUCGGCGUCUAGGUCUCGUGCCAAGGGAAAGAGAAAGAAAUUGUCAAAGUCAAGUAAAUCUAAAAAGAUGGCACCUACAAAAGGUUGCUCUCCUACUGAUUUCGUGGAUGAUGAUGAUACCUUACAGCAGGCAAUUGCUCUCUCACUGGCCGAAUCUUCAGAAACGUCUGUGACUGCAAUUGGUGCAGAAACUUCAAGCACAGUAAAGGAAGCAAGUGAAGGCACUCCAUACAAGAAUAAUGGCAAAACAUCUAUUCAGGACUCAGCUAAGAACAGAAAGAUUAGAAUGCUGGGUAAGAGCAGGAUUCAACUGACAGAAGAUGAUGUGGUUGCAUUCUUCUUCUCAUUUGAUGAAGUUGGUAAAGGAUAUAUCACACCAUGGGAUCUUGAAAGAAUGGCUACAAUAAACGAUUUCAUCUGGACAGAUUCUGAGAUAUCUAACAUGAUCCGUUGCUUUGAUAGUGACGGAGAUGGAAAGAUAAACCUUGAGGAUUUCCGGAGCAUUGUAUCUCGAUGCAACAUGCUGCAGGAGCCUGAGAAAAGAGGAUGAAGCAUGGUGGUGGUCUGAAGAUGGCUGCACUCAAGUAUUCGCACCGUUUCCAUAGUCUGACCGGAGACGGUGCAUGAAGAAAUAUGCAGAGGUGAACAAGUAUAUGAACAGAUGAACAAAAGUGUAGCCUUUUUAAGUAGCCUCUGUUCACUGAACCCAGCUUAAGUAAUGCCAGGAGCUUGCCAAGUCUGACUAGGAAUUUUGUUGUUGGGCAUGAGUGCUGAUCUCUUCCACGUAACUCAGUUGUGGCCAUGUACGCA